AUGGCUUUCGUCUUCUCUCGUCUCCUCCACUUCAUAGUCAGCUCCUGCAUAAUUUCCGUUCUUGGUGCGUUGUAUCAGAACCCGUCGCAAAUACCUGCCAACACCUUGUAUGACUACAUUAUCGUCGGAGGUGGUGCCGGUGGGGGAGUAAUCGUCAAUAGAUUGACUGAGGAGCCGGAAGUGAGGGUUUUGCUCAUUGAGGCUGGCUCUAGUGACUAUACGAACUUGGACAUCGAGGUCCCAGGGUUUGCGGCCACUCUCGCGGGAUCUCAAUUUGACUGGAACUUCACUACAGCAUCUAUGCCUGGUUACAAUGAUAGAUCUAUAGCAUACGCCCGUGGGUUCGUCCUCGGCGGGUCUACGUCAAUCAAUUUCAUGGCGUUCAAUAGAGGAUCAAGGGACGAUUUCGAUAGAUAUGCGACUUAUACGGGGGACGAUGGAUGGUCUUGGGACGGAUUGUACCCGUAUAUGUUGAAGCUGGAGACCUUGACACCCCCUGCCGAUGGUCGCGACACUACUGGAGAAAUCAUACCCGCUGAUCAUGGCACUGACGGUCCUGUCAUGAUAAGCCUCACUGGAUAUACCGAGGGUACAGACUCACUCGUUCUGAAUGCGUCCGCUGACCUGUCUUCCGAGUUCCCGUAUAACGAAGAUGUCAAUUCGGGAGACAGCAUUGGCAUCAGCUGGGCGCAGUGGGAUAUCGCUGAUGGCGCCCGCGAUGGAUCAGCAAGGGCAUACAUUGAGCCUGCGCUCAAUCGCUCCAACCUCGACGUCCUUGUGAACACCUCAGUAGCAAAGCUGAUUCGAAUCGGAACGGACAAUGAUCUCCCUAUAUUUCGUGGAGUACAGUUUGCACAGAACAACUCUGGUUCGGUGUACUUUAUGAAUGCGAGUCGCGAGGUCAUUCUUUCCGCAGGCCCAAUCAAGACGCCUCAUAUUCUCAUGCUCUCGGGCAUUGGCGACCCCUCUGUCCUAUCUGUGGUCGGCAUUGACACAAUUGUGGAGCUUCCGGAUGUCGGCCAAAACUUACAGGACCAUCCACUGCUUGCAAUAAACUGGGAAGUGACCUCUAACGACACAGUCCUCGAUAAUCUCACUCAGAACAGGACCUUUGCUGCCGAACAGCUCGCACUAUGGCAGACUAACAGGACUGGAUAUCUCGUCAACUCUGCGGGAAGUCAGUGGGGAUGGCUGAGGGUUCCGGCGAACGAAACGAGUGUUUACGGAGGUGGAAGUACUAAGGAUCCAAGCUCGGGACCUACGGCAGCAAAUUACUACGGACACUAUUUCAGCAUGCUCGUAAAUCUUGUCUCGCCCGCCUCUCGCGGCAAUAUUACUCUGACAUCCGCCGAUCCCUUCGCGCAUCCUCUCAUCUCCGCCAACUUGAUCUCACCCGAAGAACCACUCGACAUCCACGCCCUCGUCUACGCAGUUAAGGCAGCUCGUCGAUACGUAUCAACCCGAGCCUUUGACGGCUAUAUCAUUGAGGAGGUUGGAUCGAGUCUGAACGCGACCACGGACGAGGAGAUUGAGCAGUGGAUCCGAAAUACUGCUCAGACGGUGAAUCACGUCUCCUGCACAGUACCUAUGGGUAGGAAUGGGAGUGCGAAUGGUAUAGGCGAUGGUGCACUGGAAGUUGAUCUGAGAGUGAAAGGUACGGUUGGGCUGAGGGUUGUUGACGCUUCCGUCUUCCCUUAUAUUCCUGCAGCCCACACAAUGGGUCCGACCUUCAUAAUCGCGGAGCGUGCAGCGGACUUACUCAAGGCUGCCGAUAGUCGUUACAGCAGCGAAGGAGGUGCUGGAGUAGCGGGAGGUGUAGGAUGUGGCGUAGGGUUCACGACGACUACGCGGGGAAAGAGACUCGAUGUGGAUAUAGAGUUCGAUCCGGAGGGAGGUGUGGAUGGAGCAUGCGGAGAUUGCGCAGGUUGUGAGAGUAGCAUGCCCGGAAGGGGGGAUACGACGACGCAGGUGGAAUCGGGUCGUGGCGGUAUUGGGGACGCGUCACAGGAAGGCCUGGGCUGGUGA